AUGAGACGGCCGGAUGCGGCGGCAGGGCGCCGCGUGGGAAGCGGCGGCGGGGCGGGCGGGGAGGAGGAGACGGGCCCAGAGCUGGGAGAUGAGGCUGACCUGCCGUUGGAAGAACGGCUGCGGAUGCAGAACGCGGCCGGAACGAGAGCGUGCCGGCAGCUGAGCGAUGGGAAGAAAACAGCAACGCCUGGCAGAGCUCCGGUGAAGCAGCAGCUGAACAAAAAGGGGCCAGUGGAGAUGUCUGCCAAGAAACCCAUGCCUUUUCUGCGACAAGUUGUCCCUGUUACAAAGAAGGUCCACAGAGACCCUCGAUUUGAUGACCUGUCUGGAGAGUAUAACCCUGAAAUAUUUAUGAAGACGUACGGCUUCCUGGACACCAUCAAGAAGCAGGAGAAGGAAAUGGUUCAGAAGCAGCUGAAAAAAUGCCGGAAUAUGGAACAGAAGGAGAAACUGCAGCAGCUCCUGAACCGCAUGACACAGCAAGAACAGGCACAGAAAAAACAGCAAAAACAGAGGGAAAGGGAGCUGACUUUGAAAAGACAGCAACGGGAGCUGGCCAAGCAGGGAAAGAAACCCUUCUUCCUAAAGAAGUCUGAGAAACGGAAAUUGGAGCUAGCAGAGAAGUAUGCAGAGCUAAAGAGGAGUGGAAAGCUGGAGAGCUUCCUGAACAAGAAAAGAAAGAGGAAUGCUGUCAAAGAUAAGCGCCGUUUGCCCACACAGAAGAACCUGUGACUGCUGCACAGACAUGCUGUUACCUGGAGAGGUGGUGCUGGCACUGGGAUUCACUCUGGCCAGGCCUGGAAGAUGGCAGCCUCUCUUCUCAUUUUCUGCCUUCUGCUGUAGUGAUGCUGUUAGGCAGCGAAGUCUGAACAGGAAAAAAAUGUGCUUUCGAUAGCUGAAGAGACCCCUGCACUUGUGUUUUACAUCAUACCUGGGUGGUGACAAGCCUGUCAUGCAGAUGCAUAUGGUGCUGAUCAGUUUCUGCACCUGCUCUGCCUGUAGCUAGGAGAGCUCAGACUGUGCCCUGCACUACUGGCUCUUCUCCAUGUCUUACUGGGUCCCAAUGAAAAGGGCAUCAGGUGGGAGGGUAAUGAUCCGGUCUGCUCAGAGCAGGGCCAGCACUGCGUUCAGACCAGGAUGCUGGAAGCUUGCUUCAUAUGGGUUUGCAGAUGUACAGGGAUAAAGGGUGCUACCAUUCUGUACCCCUGUUCCACUGCUUCAAGUUCUCAAGGUGAAACUCCUUUUUCCUCCAGGAAUUUUGCCUAGUUUUAGUCUGUGAUUGCUGUCUUGUUCUCAAUGAAGUGCCCGCCUGAGUCUUGUUAAAAACCUUGUAGUAGGUCUGAGAGGUGAGCAGGAAGAGGAGCUCCUAGAUCUCGUUGAAGCCUUUACUUCCCACGACUGAGUAAAAGCCCUCACCUCCCAGCACGGUUCUCCAGACCCCGGCAGCUUUCGUGCUCUUGACUGGAGUGAGCCCAGAGAUCCAACGUCAGGGCCUAGCUGGGUGGAGCGUCCAAAUGUAGUCUGCCCAGAGCUGACAAAGCAAGAGAGAUCAGCAUCCCUCUCUGGGGCUGCACCUUGGUGCCAGGGCGUGCAGCUGACUGUAGUCAGGCACUGCUGCCCAGGAUCUCUCCAGCAGGGCUGCCCCUGUCUCGGCCUGUUCUCUUAAAGGGCUGUUAGCAUUUCUACGUAACAUUGAUUCUGUAUAAAAUAAAUACAUGUUUUCCUUUACUGCCACUA